UUCUCUUCAUUUCUUCAAUUUCUUCAAUUUCUUCGUCUCUCUACCCCUCUUUUUCUCUUUUCUCCGGCGACCGAUCUUCCUCCGGUCAAGUUUUCGCCGGCAGGUCCUCUCAUCGCAUCGAUCUCUUCUCAUAUACUUAACUCCGCUAUCUUAUUAGCCAUGAAUCCGGAAUACGACUAUUUGUUUAAGCUUCUGCUUAUCGGAGAUUCGGGAGUUGGAAAAUCUUGUCUUCUACUGAGGUUUGCUGAUGACUCGUAUCUCGAUAGCUACAUUAGCACCAUUGGAGUUGACUUUAAAAUCCGCACUGUGGAACAGGAUGGAAAGACCAUUAAACUUCAAAUUUGGGACACUGCCGGUCAAGAACGUUUUAGAACGAUUACUAGCAGCUACUACCGUGGAGCUCAUGGAAUAAUCGUCGUGUAUGACGUUACAGAUCAGGAUAGCUUCAAUAAUGUUAAGCAAUGGUUGAACGAAAUAGACCGAUAUGCUAGUGAAAAUGUGAACAAGCUUCUGGUUGGUAAUAAAUGUGAUCUCACUGCAAAUAAGGUCGUCUCUUAUGAGACAGCGAAGGCCUUUGCGGAUGAAAUUGGGAUUCCAUUCAUGGAAACAAGUGCUAAAAGCGCCACGAAUGUAGAAGAGGCUUUCAUGGCCAUGGCUGCUGAAAUAAAGAACAGGAUGGCGACACAGCCGAUGAACAAUGCAAGGCCACCGACAGUGAACAUUCAAGGACAACCUGUGAAUCAGAAAACUGGUUGCUGCUCUUCUUAAAGAUGAAUGGCUCUUACUGAAUGGUUGACAGAUGGUGAUGGUGAUGUUUAUGUAUGGACGGUGACAUGUAAGACUAGUUGUCUCUCUCUCUCUCUCUAUGCUUUUCGUAUAAAAAGAUUCGUCGGUCGUGAAAUGAUUUGCCUUUGCCUUUUAUUUUCUCGUCUUUUGAAGUCGAACUAUGUUAACACCUCCAUUCUUUUGAAUAUAUUUGUUUCUGGAUCAAACAUUAUUCAGGUGUAAAAUUUAGAUAUCAAUGAACAGUAGUAGUAUUUGCUUCA